AUGGCGGUCGGCGGAGACGAGAUCGUGAAGCCUCGAACGGACAAGAGGGAGUACAGAAGGAUCGUCCUCAGCAAUUCCCUCCAAGUUCUUCUCAUAAGCGACCCCGAAACCGAUAAGUCUUCUGCUUCCAUGAGCGUCGGCGUUGGUGCUUUCAGCGACCCCGUUGGACUCGAAGGCCUCGCUCAUUUCCUCGAGCACAUGCUGUUUUAUGCUAGUGAGAAGUACCCGGAGGAGGAUAGCUACUCCAAGUACAUCAGUGAGCAUGGAGGGAAAACCAACGCUUUCACUGCUUCUGAGAAAACCAACUACUAUUUCGAUGUCAACAACGACUGUUUUGAAGAUGCUCUGGACAGAUUUGCGCAGUUCUUUAUUAAACCACUCAUGUCAGCUGAUGCAACAACGAGGGAGAUAAAAGCAGUUGAUUCUGAGAAUCAAAAGAAUUUGCUGUCUGAUAUUUGGAGAAUGAAUCAGCUUCAGAAGCAUGUAAGCAGCGAAGGCCAUCCAUAUCACAAGUUCAGUACAGGUAAUUGGGACACUUUGGAGGUUAGGCCAAAAGCGAAGGGCUUGGAUACAAGACAAGAGCUGAUAAAAUUUUACGAGGAACAUUAUUCAGCCAAUCUCAUGCAUCUUGUCAUAUAUGCAAAAGAAAACCUUAAUCAGCUCCAAGGCAUCAUUGAGGAGAAGUUCCAGGCAAUUCAAAACCAUGAGAAAAGCUGUUUCUCUUUCCCUGGUCAACCUUGCUCGUCUGAGCAUUUACAGAUACUAGUCAGAGCUGUCCCUAUACAACAAGGUCACAAAUUAAGUAUGGUAUGGCCAAUAGCACCGGGUAUUCUUCACUACAAGGAAGGGCCAGCGAGGUAUCUUGGCCAUCUUAUUGGUCAUGAAGCAGAAGGAUCUGUGUUUUAUGUAUUGAAAACCUUGGGAUGGGCCACGAGUUUAUCUGCUGGCGAAGGAGAUGGGACAAAAGAGUUUUCUUUCUUUAAUGUGUCAAUCGACCUCACCGAUGCUGGUCAUGAGCACAUGCAAGAUGUUGUAGGGCUGCUAUUCAAAUACAUUCUGCUCUUGCAGCAGUCUGGCGUAUGUAAAUGGAUAUUUGAUGAGCUUGCAGCAGUUUGUCAGACAGAAUUCCAUUAUCAGGACAAAAUUCCUCCUAUCGAUUAUGUAGUGAGGAUUUCUUCUCAUAUGCAAAAAUAUCCGCCGGAAGAUUGGCUAGUGGGGUCAUCUUUGCCUUCUAAUUUCAAUCCAAGCACAAUCCAAAUGUUUCUGGACCAGCUCUCUCAAGAAAGCGUCCGUAUCUUUUGGAUCUCAAAGAACUUUGAAGGAGAAGCUGAUAUGGUGGAGCCAUGGUAUGGGACUGCAUACAGUAUCGAGAAAGUUCCUACCUCCAUGAUUCAGAAUUGGGUGCAAUCAGCUCCUGACAAGAAUCUGCAUCUUCCAUUACCUAAUGUGUUUGUCCCUACUGACUUGUCAGUCAAGGACACAAAAGAGAAGGUUGUAUUACCCACUUUAUUGAGGAAGUCAUCCUGCUUGUCAUUGUGGUACAAGCCUGAUACAAUGUUCUUCACGCCAAAGGCAUAUAUAAAGAUUGAUUUCAGUUGCCCUCUUGCUAGUGCUUCCCCUGAGGCUUCAGUACUUAAAGAUAUAUUUGCACGCUUGUUGAUGGAUUACUUGAAUGAAUAUGCCUAUUAUGCGCAAGUUGCUGGUUUGUACUAUGGAAUAGGCAAGACAAACAGUGGGUUUCAGGUGACUGUGCUUGGUUAUAAUCACAAAUUGAGGAUCUUGUUAGAAACUGUUAUAGAGAAAAUAGCUACAUUCAAAGUCGAUCCUGACAGGUUUGCUGUGAUCAAGGAAACAGUGAUGAAGGAAUAUGAAAAUUACAAGUUUCAGCAACCUUAUCAGCAGGCUAUGUACUAUUGCUCUUUAAUACUACAAGAUCAAACUUGGCCUUGGAUGGAAGAACUUGAAGUCCUUUCUCAACUUCAGGCUGAUGAUCUAGCUAGGUUCACACCAAUGAUGAUGUCAAGAGCCUUCUUGGAGUGCUACAUAGCAGGGAACAUUGAACGUGAUGAAGCAGAAUCAAUAAGCACUCAAAUUGAAGAUGCCUUUUUCAAGGGUCCAAAACCGAUAUCCCAACCCUUAUUCUCCUCUCAACAUCUGACUAAUAGAGUUGUCAAACUGGACCGGGGCAUGGAUUACAUCUAUCCUGUUGAGGGCUUAAACACAAAAGAUGAGAAUUCUGCUUUGGUGCAUUAUAUCCAGGUUCAUCGAGAUGAUUUUAAGCUGAACGUUAAGCUUCAGCUUUUCGGUUUACUUGCAAAGCAAGCAGCGUUCCAUCAGCUUAGAUCAGUGGAGCAACUUGGCUACAUCACGGUCCUCAUGCAGAGGAAUGAUUCUGGCAUCCGUGGACUGCAGUUUAUCAUCCAGUCAACAGUUAAAGGCCCCGGCCAGAUUGAUCUCAGAGUCGAGAAUUUUCUCAGUUUGUAUGAAAGUAAACUACGAGAGAUGUCCAAUGACGAAUUCAAGAGUAAUGUGAAUGCAUUGAUCGACAUGAAACUCGAGAAGCUGAAGAAUUUAAGGGAAGAGUCUUCCUUAUACUGGCGUGAGAUUUCUGACGGGACACUCAAGUUUGACAGGAAGGAAUGCGAGGUGGCAGCCCUGCGACAGCUAACUCAGGACGAGCUGCUAGAGUUUUUCAACGACUACAUAAAGGUCGAUGCGCCUCAGAAGAGGACACUCAGCAUUCGAGUAUACGGCAGCCCACAUUCAUCGGAGUUGGCAGCAGAUAGAAGCGAACAACUCCCUCCAAACUGCGUCGAGAUUGGUGACAUCUUUACGUUCAGACGAUCACAACCUCUUUAUGGUUCAUUCCGAGGAGGCGUCGGCCACAUGAAGCUGUAG